UCUUCUGGCAUGGGCGGGUUUCUUUUCCUUUCCUGUUCGUAAUAUGUUUACCGGCGGCCUGCGCCGGUUUGACACGACACGCUCACCCUUCAGAAGCAGCCAAUCAGAGCGCAGACGCGUAUUUUGAACUGUGUGCUACAAACGGACGGAGCGCUGUGGGAGCAGGCUGAGAGGGACGCUCCGCUUGUCUUUUUUGACAAGUUUCGGUUGUUUUAAGGGCUGUUUACGGAUUAAACUCGACAGAUUCUGGGAUUUAACCAUGAGAAAGAGCGAGGUGCUCGCAGCAGAGGCGGUGUCCUGCCUGAAUAAAGCGCUCUGCCACCUGAAGGAUAUCUGGGAGGAGAUCGGUAUCCCGGAGGACCAGAGGCUGCAGAGGACUAACGUGGUCAAGAACCACAUCAAGAGUUUACUGGACAUGAUGAUCAAAGAAGAGGAGUCUUUGAAAAACAGGCUCAUAAGCAGCAUUCAGACAUGCAGGACAGAGAUGGAGCAGCUCUACCUGGAACUUCAGCUGCCUGUGUUUGAGGAGGAGAGGGGAAUCAGCAUGCUCCAGCAAGAGAAGAACAUCCGCACCCAGCUCGAGGCUCUCAUGAAGGAGAAGACUCAGCGGAUGCAGCAGCUGAAGGUGCUGAUGGAGCAGGACCAGGACCUGUGUGACAUCCUGUGCUCUAUGCCGUACGGCAUCGCUCCGACCUCCGUGCCCUCGCCGGAGCAGCUGGAGAGCUUCUGCCAGCACGUCGCCAACCAGAACGCAGAGAAGGCGAGGCGCUAUGCUGAGUUCAUGGACCUGAAAAAGCAGAUCAUUCUGUACAUGGAGGAGCUGGAUCACGUGCCCGAGACCAGCUUCGAGAAGGACGUCGUCUGUGAGGACGAGGACUCUUUUUGUCUUUCCAGAGACAAUAUCACGUCGCUCAAGCUGCUGAUCUGUCAGCUGGAGGAACGCAAGGCCGAGAACGAGGCGACGUGCGAGAGCCACAGAGAGAAGAUCCAGCAGCUGUGGGACAGACUGCAGGUCCCUCAGGAGGAGAGGGAGGCCUUCAACGAACACAUGGUCUCAUCCAGGAAGAGGAACCUGGAAGCGUUACAAGCAGAAGUUCAGCGUCUGGAAGAGCUCAAACUGCUAAACAUCCGCAACGUCACCGAUGCCAUCCGCUCCGAGAUCGCCGUGCUGUGGGAGAAAUGCUUCCUCAGCACGGACCAGCGGCAGGCGUUCACACCAUAUUUCAGCGAGGAUUUUACCGAAGAGCUGUUGAGUCUGCACGAUGCUGAGAUCCAGCGCUUGAAGCAGCAUUACGAGGGUCACAAAGAGCUUUUUGAGGGGGUUCACCAGUGGGAGGAGAGCUGGAGACUCUUCCUGGAGCUGGAGAAAAAAGCCACAGAUCCGACACGGUUCACCAACAGAGGCGGGAAUCUUCUUAAAGAGGAGAAGCAGAGAUCUGAGCUGCAUAAAAACCUGCCCAAGCUUGAAAAGAAAUUAAAGGCACAGAUCGACGCGUGGGAAGGUGAACAGGGUCGUGAGUUUCUCGUGAACGGACAGAAGUUUCUGCAGUAUGUGGAGGAGCAGUGGGAGCUGCACCGGAUAGAGAAAGAGAAGGAGAAACAAGAGCGGCAUCUGAAGAAGAGCAAACAGACCGAGGAGGACAUGCUGUACGGAACAGCCGUACGGACGCCGACCAAGCGCAGACUGCUCGGCACUCCGACCUCUAAUAAAUCACGAAAGUUUAACGCGACUUCCAGCAUUUCUAGCGGCACGUCUAACAGCACCAUGCGCUCUGCCUUUGGUGGAACUGUCUGUCGCUCGCCUGUGCCCCGCCCGCCGCUCUCAGCAAACAAGGUUCCAGCAGCACGGACGCCCGGCGGCGGCAAACCUCCCCACCCGCGACUGCAAGGCUGUAACAAGGAGAACGAUGCCCAACUGAAGGGCGCGUCCCCUCUGAGCGGUGCGUUGCUGGUCCCCGCUAGUCAACAGCGUAACUUCAGCAUAACCUCUGUUGCCAGCACAUAUUCAGAGUUUGUGAGGGACUUGGUCAACACUGAAUCUGUUCAGUCAAGCGAGACCUGUCCAAGGCCUCUAUCGCCAAGGUCCAGCACAACGUCCUGAACUCCACUACCACCAACCUUUGACCUCUCCGCCCUGAUGGUGGCUGCACCAGCUUUCAUAUCAUAGUCCUUUCAACGAAGCUCUGAUCUCACUACCUUUCACUGCUAUCUGCUUUUAUAUGUAAAUGAAGGUAAUAAUAUAUUAAGUGUUUGGUCGGUGAUAAACAAAGAAUCUUUGUCACUGUCUGUAAAGGGGGGAAAAAUUUGUAUCCUAAGUUAAACUAACACUACUUUGGCUCUAAAUUUUGCCAGUUAUAAAGAUGUAAUAAAUGUCAUCUGCAUCUUGUACUGCACAUAAUUUUUUUUAAAAAGGAACAAAAGAAAGUUUUCACUUUCUUGGUUAGUUAUGCAAUGUGGAGUUACUGGCCAAAUGUAUUAUGAAUACUUUGCACUUUUUUAGAGAAGCUAUAGCAGCACAUUGUGUAAUUUUACACACACACACACAUGCUGUGUCAUCCAAAUCUGUUUUUAUAUGUGUAUGUAUUUGUGUAUAUAUUUCUUUAUAUAUCUUCUGUUCUCUUCAUAGACUCUGCUCUGUUUGGCAAAGAUGUUAGUUUAAACAGGACUCGGUGCUGCGUGAAAAUAGAGUUCAGUCACAGAUUCAGCACAUUAUCAUGGCUGAUUUGGAAACUCUUGUCAAAAUAUAAUAAAUGCAUUUUCACACGAAAA